CCAAAUAUCAUGGAGCCUAUAUAUCCUCUUCCAAGGCCCCAGAUGAAUACCAGGUUUCCUUCAAGCAGGAUGGUACCUUUCCACUUUCCUCCAUCAAAAUGUGCACUUUGGAACCCAAUGCCAAUUGGAGAUUUCAUCUACUUACAUCUCAAUUACUACAGAAAUCCAAAGCUUGUGGUGACUGAAAAGACCAUUCGACUUGCUUAUCGUCAUGCUAAACAGAAUAGAAAAAAUUUGCCAUGCUUUUUACUUGGUUCUUUCACAGUGGACGAAGAUGAAGAAGGUGUGACACUGACAGUAGAUCGCUUUGAUCCUGGUCGAGAAGUACCCGAAUGCUUAGAAUUAACCCCUACUGCUUUUCUUCCUGGGGACUUUUUGAUUCCAUGCAAAGUUCAAACUGAGGGACUUUGUUCAAGAGAAGUGAUAGUUUACAAUGCAGAUGACUUCAGUUCAACUUUUAAGGCUCUACAGCACCAUGUAUGUAGCAAAGAUACCUUGGACUGUGCUCUUGCAAGAAACUUGAGCAGUAAUCUGAGUAUUUCUCAAGUUCAAGGGACUUAUAAAUAUGGGUAUCUCACCAUGGAUGAAACACGCAAAUUGUUACUUUUGCUGGAAUCUGAUCCCAAGGUUUAUUCUCUACCAUUAGUGGGAAUUUGGCUAUCUGGAAUUAUACAUAUCUAUAGUCCUCAGGUAUGGGCUUGCUGCUUGCGAUACAUGUUCAGUUCUUCCAUUCAAGAAAGGUCUUCCCAAAAGUUAUCUCCUGGGAAAAUGCCAAUAAAUGAUCACGAUUCUGGCGUUGAAGAUGAAGAUUUUUCCCCAAGACCAAUUCCUAGUCCUCAUCCAGUGAGUCAAAAGAUUUCUAAGAUUCAACCUUCAGUUCCUGAACUUUCGCUUGUAUUGGAUGGCAAUUUUAUAGACUCAAACCCUCCACCUAAUCCACUGGAAGUAGUGAAUAAUGAAAAUUCUCCUUUGUUGAUUAACCACUCUGACCACUUGAAGCCAUUGCAACCCCAGCUUUAUGAUGAGGAACACAGCCAAGAAACUGAAGCUGAAGAGCCUUCCUUGAGAGCGAUACCAAGUCAGUUAAACCAGGGCACUGCCCUUUUGAGACACUGCAAAGUAAGACAGCCAUCUACAUGUAAGAAAGGGAACCCCCAUAUCAAGAACAGUGUUAAACCAUCUUCUCAUAAUGAGCCGUCUCAUGGUAUGUUUGAAAAGCUUCAAGCAGUUUCUGCUGGAAAUGUACAGAAAGAAGAGUAUCCUAUAAGACCUUCCACGUUUAAUUGUAGGCAGUCUUCUCUUGCCCCACAGUCUCACUCACAAAAUUUUGUUUUUUCACCCCAUGAUUCAAGAAGACCAAUGGAACUUCAGAUAUCUACUCCCCCACCACCACCUUACUAUUCCACAAACGUGUGCAGUUGUUGUCAGCAUCAUAGCCAUAUUCAGUAUAGUCCAAUAAAUUCUUGGCAAGGAAUAAAUACAGUUGGAUCUCUUCAAGACCGUCAGUCUGAAACCCUUCAAAAGCAUUCAUUAUUUCAUCCAAGUGGAUGUCCAGCUCUAUACCAUAAUGCAUUCUAUUCUUCAAGUAGUCCUAUAGCCUUGAGACCUCAGGGAGGCAUGGACAGUUGUUCUCCCCACAGCAAUGUAGAGCCAUCACCGGUGGCAAGACUGCCUUCACAUAUGGACUCAUGCAACCCACAGCCUUGCACAGUGUGCGUGCACAUGCCCAAGACUGAGUCAGAUAAUGGAAUGAUGGGACUGUCUCCAGAUGCGUAUCGGUUCCUCACAGAACAAGACAGACAGCUGAGACUACUUCAGGCACAGAUUCAGCGUUUAUUAGAAGCACAAUCUCUGAAUCCCUGUUCCCGUAAGACAACCGCUGUUGAAGACACAGUGCAAGCUGCAAAACAAAUGGAGUUAGUUUCCGUGGAAGCACAGUCUUCCCCUGGAUUGCACAUGAAAAAAAGUGUAAGCAUUGCUGUGAGCACAGGUGCUAGUUUGUUUUGGAAUGCACCAAGUGAUGAUCAAGAGCCUAACUCUCAGCUGAAGCAAGAUGAUACCAAGAUUUCUAGUGAGGACAUGAAUUUUUCUGUUGAUAUUAAUAAUGAAGUCCCAAGUCCUCCAGAUAGUGCAUCUUCAUUAAAAGCAGUUGAUAUUCCCAGUUUUGAAGAGAGCAACACUGCUGUGGAAGAAGAAUUUAAUCAACCACUUUCUGUAUCCAACUCUUCUCCAGUUGUGAGAAAAGAAGCUGAUGUACCUGUGUUCUUUCCAAAUGGCCUUCUGGCAGAGAAUGUAAGCAUGUGCUUACAGACAGGACCAACAGAGGGUGCCAGUAACAACUCUGAAACAUCAGGGGAACCAAAAAUUGAGCAAGUAAUGCAACCCUUGCCUCAUCAACCAUCAGAUAACCAGAAAAUUUACCAGGAUUUAUUGGGUCAAGUGAACCACCUAUUAAAUAAUUCCCCCAAAGAAACUGAGCAGCCAUCUACCAAGGCAGUAAUUAUCAGCCGCGAAUGCGCCAGAACCCAAAAUGUUUACAAUACAAAGAAAAAAAAGCGUGAUUCAGGAUUGGUGGACAAAGAUUGUGUUCUUAAUGCAACCCUUAAGCAACUAAGAAGCCUUGGAGUAAAAAUUGAUUCUCCCACUAAAGUGAAAAAAAAUGCACAUAAAGUGGACCAUGCCAGUGUGUUGGCAUGCAUCAGCCCAGAAGCAGUGAUCUCUGGAUUAAACUACAUGUCAUUUGCUAAUGUUGGCGUGAGUGGCUUAAGCCCCAGUGGUGUGGAUUUGAGCAUGGAAGCAAAUGCUAUAGCUCUGAAAUACUUAAAUGAGCAUCAGCUGUCACAGUUAUCUCUCACUCGAUCAAACCAAAACAACUGUGACUCAUCUUUUAGCCUUCUACAUAUUAAUACAGACAGAAGCACAGUGGGGCUUAGUUUAAUAUCACCAAACAACAUGUCAUUUGCAACCAAAAAAUAUAUGAAGAGAUACGGACUCAUACAAAGCAGUGACAAUAGUGAAGAUGAGGAGGAGCCCUCCAACAAUGCAGAUAGCAAGAAUGAACAUUUACUGAGUGGAAACCUUACAUCCACACCUGAACAACUUGGUCGUCAGAAAGAGCUUUCUGGGAAUGCCUAUGAAAUAAUUAAUUGUCAUAACUGUGAAUCCAUGGGUACCCACACAGAUAUGCCAGUAUUGAGAAACAUUACAAAUGAAAUUGUGCAGCCAAAAGCAACACAGCUGUUGAAUGAAAACCCAGCUUUCUUAUUAAAAAACCGUAAACCAAGUCCUGUAGUGAACCUCCGAACUGGGAAAGCAGAGUUUACUCAACACCCUGAGAAGGAAAAUGAAAGGGACAUUCCAAUUUUUCCUGAAAAUUUGCAACCUUCUGAAACUUUAAAGCAAAUGAAUAGCAUGAAUUCAGUAGGCACCUUCUUAGAUAUAAAGCGUCUCAGACAGUUGCCAAAAUUAUUUUAA